CCUCCAAGCUUUGCUUGCUUACCUUGUCAUCUCACCCCUCCUCGUGCAGUCGUGUGGCACCAUCUCCUCCCAAAAUCACACGCCAAACCAGACCAAGGUAUUUUCCAGCUAAAAUCUGAAGUCGAAAGAAACCCAUCUAUGAAUAUCCGGGAGAUAAUUUUACCCCGGAGCGGAGCCUGCCUGACCUAAAACCCUCACCUUAUCUUUUCUUUCUCACCUCCUCCCCCACCCCACUCCUCGAAUCCUGCUACUUCUACUGCUUCUUGCUUCGUUGCGUGUUCGCGGAGCAAGAGGCCGCCAUGGCCACCACCACUGAAGCCGCCCGAGUCGCGCCCGUGGAAGACGAGAACCCCGCCACGGCGGCGGCCGAGGAGGAGCAGCCCAAGAAGGUCGAAGCAGCGGCGGCGGCGGAGGAGCAGCCCAAGAAGGUCGAGGCGGGCGGGGAUGGUGAGGAGGAAGAGGAGGAGGUGAGAUUGGAGGGGAAAGGUGGGUCCUUUGGGAGUCCGGAGACCGAGAACGGCGUGGCGGAGGCGGACGGCGGGGAGGUGGAAGAGGCGGAGGGGGAAGGGAAGGUUGGGAGCUUGGGUGCAGCGGAGACUGAGGAGGAGGAUGGCGGUGGGGAACCGGCGGUGGAGGAUGGAGAAGCUGCCGCCUCUGUGGUGGCUCCGGCUCCGGCGCCAGCGGUGGAGUCCAAAUCCGAGAACAGCGAAUUGGUGGAGAAGGAUGCUUCUCUGGCUUCCCCUGAUGCGCCGGGAGGUGAGGAGAAGGACGAAUUGGGCGAGGAGGAGGGUGUGGCGGUGGAGGCGAAGGUUGUGGAUAAGGUGGCGGAUGAUGCGAAGUCGGCCAUGGCCGAGGAGGAGAAGCCGGAGGGAGAGACGGGCGAGGAGGUGGGCUCUGGAAGUAGAGAUGGUGGUGAAUUGAGCGACGAGAAAGAGGUUGCGGUCUCUGCUGGGAGCGUGGAGGCGACCGAACCAGAGGAUAAGGUGGCUCCUGUAGCUGAAGCUAAUUGUGAAUUGGGUGGUGAAUUGGGAGUGAGUGAUGAGACAGUGGUGGUUGGAGGUGAGGAAGCCCCGAAAGAAUCAUCGGAGAAGGAGGCUGAUGCUGAAGACGAGGCCGCAAAACCUGAGCCAGUGAGCGAGGCAAGUCCAGUGGUUAUGGAUGAUGAAAUCAAAGAGAAGCUUGCUCCUGCAAGUGCAGACAGUGUGCUUGAGGAAAGUCCUGAGAAAGGGCAAAAUGCUGAGGAUGGAAGCGCAGAGAAGCUUGCUCCUGCUAGUUCAGACAGUGUACUUGAGGGUAGUCCUGAGAAGGGGCAAAAUGCUGAGGACCAGGUGGCCGCCAGUGAAGCGGUGGAAGAUGUUGGUGUCGAGAAGCCUACAGAGGUUGAAAGUGUUGUAGCUGCUGACACUGGUGGUUUUUUGUCUCGAGAGUUGGCUCUGGAAUCAAGCAAGGAAAAUAAUGGUGAUGAAGAGACUGAAGGUGCUACAGAGGUUGUUGAUCGUGAAGAGGAGGCUAGUGAUGAUGACAUAGUUGAGGCUGCAACAGAUGAUGAGGAUGGGGUUGAUAACGAGGCUGAUGAAGACGAUGAUGGUGCGGACUCUGACACGAGUCCCGCACGAGUUGCAAUUUUAGAGAGCUCUGAAGCUGCUAAGCAGAUCAUGAAGGAGCUUGCUGAGGGCUCCUCUAGUGGUAGUGUGUCUGGGUCAAGAGACUACACCAAUAGCAUGGAUGGGCAGAUUCUACUAGAUGAUUCUGAAGAGGAUGAGGAUGAUGAUAACGAUGAUGGGGAUGAGAAGGGGUUUGAUUCUGCUGCCCUGGCGGCCCUUCUGAAAGCGGCAACUGGUGCAUCCUCAGAUGGGGAUAUCACAGUUGCUUCCCAAGAUGGCUCGAGAAUAUUCACCAUGGACCGACCAGCUGGUCUGGGUUCAUCAGCCCCUUCUCUGAGACCAACUGCUCCUCGCCAGCCUGCUCGGUCAAACCUAUUCAGCCCCUCUGAGCUAGCAGUUACUGCUGAUCCUACUGAUGAGAUGACCGAGGAAGAGAAGAAGUUACACGACAAGGUUGAGUUGAUUCGAGUUAAGUUUCUGCGUCUGGUUUACAGACUGGGAGCUACUCCUGAAGAAACAGUAGCAGCUCAAGUGCUUUACCGUCUGAGCCUUGCUGAGGGUAUCCGACAUGGAAGGCAGACAAAUCGAGCUUUCAGCCUUGAUAAUGCUCGGAAGAAGGCAUUGCUACUUGAAGCAGAGGGAAAAGAGGAUCUGAACUUCUCAUGCAACAUACUUGUUUUAGGAAAGACUGGAGUUGGCAAAAGUGCAACUAUCAAUUCUAUUUUUGGUGAAGAGAAGUCCAAAACUGAUGCCUUUGGUGCAGCAACCACCAGUGUGCGGGAGAUUGUUGGUGAUGUGGAUGGUGUCAAGAUUAGAAUCAUUGAUACACCAGGGCUUCAACCCAAUGUGAUGGACCAAGGAUCGAAUAGGAAGAUUCUUGCUGCUGUCAAGAAAUAUACCAAGAAAUGUCCUCCAGAUAUUGUUCUGUAUGUGGACCGUCUGGAUAGUCUGAGCCGUGAUCUCAAUGAUUUACCUCUUCUGAAAACCUUUACUGCUGUUCUUGGUUCAUCCAUAUGGUUCAACGCCAUUGUUGCUCUCACACAUGCUGCUUCUGCUCCUCCUGAAGGCCUCAAUGGUGCUCCCAUGACAUAUGAGGUCUUAAUGGCUCAGAGAUCCCACAUUAUCCAGCAAUCCAUCAGGCAGGCUGCAGGAGAUAUGCGCUUGAUGAACCCAGUAGCCCUUGUUGAGAACCAUCCAUCUUGCCGGAGAAACCGUGAGGGCCAGAAAGUGCUUCCUAAUGGCCAAAGCUGGAGGCAUCAGAUGCUGCUCUUGUGCUACUCCUCAAAGAUAUUAUCGGAAGCUAACUCACUUUUGAAGCUUCAGGAUCCUAAUCCUGGAAAGCUUUUUGGGUUCCGUUUCCGCUCCCCACCGCUUCCCUUCCUGCUUUCCUCCCUCUUGCAGUCAAGGGCCCACCCGAAACUUUCCCCUGAUCAGGGUGGCAACGAAGGAGAUUCGGAUAUUGAUUUGGAUGACUAUUCUGAUGUAGAACAAGAUGAUGACGAAGAAGAAUAUGAUCAGCUUCCACCCUUCAAGCCCUUGACCAAAGCUCAGCUUGCAAGGCUUACGAAAGAGCAGAAAAAUGCUUAUUUUGAUGAGUACGACUACAGGGUAAAGCUUCUCCAGAAGAAACAAUGGAAGGACGAGCUCUGCAGGUUAAAGGAGAUGAAGAAGAGGGGGAAAACUGAUCUGGAUGAUUAUGGGUAUGCCAAUAUCGCUGGCGAAAAUGAUCAGGAUCCUCCUCCAGAGAAUGUAUCAGUUCCGUUACCUGAUAUGGUGCUGCCUCCCUCAUUUGAUUGUGACAAUCCCACAUACCGGUACCGCUUUUUGGAGACAACUUCGACUGUCCUGGCAAGGCCUGUUUUAGAUGCUCAUGGGUGGGAUCAUGACUGCGGUUAUGAUGGAGUAAGUGUUGAAGAGACGCUCGCUAUACUCAACAGGUUCCCGGCUAAUGUAGCAGUUCAGGUCACCAAGGACAAGAAGGAAUUCAGCAUCCAUUUAGAUUCUUCCGUCGCAGCAAAGCAUGGAGAGAAUGCAUCGUCACUUGCUGGUUUUGACAUCCAGACUGUUGGGCGGCAGCUUGCCUAUAUUCUCCGUGGUGAGACCAAAAUCAAGAAUAUCAAGAAGAACAAGACUACUGGAGGAUUCUCAGUGACUUUCUUGGGUGACAUUGUGGCAACUGGGCUGAAGGUUGAGGACCAGCUCUCUCUCGGGAAGAGGCUGGCACUAGUUGCGAGCACUGGCGCGAUGCGAGCUCAAGGGGAUACUGCUUAUGGAGCUAACUUGGAGGCACGCCUGAAAGACAAAGACUAUCCGAUUGGCCAGUCCUUGUCAACCUUGGGUCUGUCUCUGAUGAAGUGGCGCCGUGACCUUGCUCUGGGCGCUAACUUGCAGUCCCAGUUCUCGAUCGGGAGGGGUUCAAAGAUGGCACUUCGUCUUGGUCUGAACAACAAGCUGAGUGGGCAGAUAACUGUCAGGACAAGCACCUCAGAGCAGGUUCAGAUCGCACUUUUGGGCCUUGUGCCAGUGGCAGCCUCCAUUUACAGGAGCUUCCGACCCAGUGAACCGUCGUUUGCUUAUUAGCUUGGCAGGAAGAGUAGCAAUUUACUUAAUCCAUCUCGUGUCUUUUUUUCUCUUAGCAAUUUUCCCUUAUGAUCUGUAAUUCCUGCCGUUUCAGAUUACUCUUUGUACUUCGCAGAUCGUUCCUAUCAUAAUUUUGGCUGAAGAGGGCUGUGAGAUUUAUCUGGUACUACAGCUGAAUAAUGUCGUUGGAUCUAUGAUCCUUGUUAUUUUCAAUAUAUUACAAUGUUGCUCCC